AUGAGUGUUACAAACUGGGCUCUAUUGGGUUAUCUGGUGAUACCUGGCACUUUUACCACGUUACAACACUCGAGUCAAAUGGAAAAAGAGUUAAAUGCCAAUGACACUGGUCGGGAAAUCCUGCGCACUAUACAGAAUCCUCCGCUGUUGAUCAUUGCUCGCAUUCUAUUUGGAACCGGUGUUGUGGCUUUGGUCUGGCUGUUGUGCCAGCGCAAGCUUCGGAUAGGUUACAUAUGGCUAUUCAAUAGAAUAUUCAUGCCGAUGUCUUUGAGCGCUGCUGCUGGGUUGCUUACCACGUAUAUCAAUGUGUGUACUUCUAAGGGCCAGGACUGA